AUGAAGAGUGUGUUCGUACUAUCCAUUGUUAUUUUGCUGUCUUCUACAUGUGAAGGAGGACUCCUGAAAGAUGUCGUCGUAACUAUACAUGAAAAAGCCCAUAACAUAAGGGAGGACAUAAAGAAUGUCCUCCACCACAAAGAUGAAAAUACUCCACAGAAUAGCAUUUCAAAUAAAGAUCACAAACCAUCGACUACUGAGAAAGUUGAAACGGAUAAGACAAUAGCUGUUAAUACCCCAAGCGCGAUUACAUUCCCAGAUGAUAUCCCAACAAAGGAGGUUGCAGUAAAAACUGAACAAUUGAUUACAUCUACUGUAUCUUCAGUAUCUUCUAGUACUAUUGCAUCAAACUCUACAACAAAAGAAAAUCAAGAUGGGCGUGACAACUUCAGGGCCGCCAACUGUGCUACGGGAUUCAAAAAAACUGCUGACGGAAGAUGUAAACCAACGUUUUAA